AUGGAAGCUGAAGAUACCGGCAACGUCGAGGUAUCGCUGAACCCAAGCACUACAGUUGAUGCUGACGGUGGAAUCAUUGUUUACGACGCGGACAAGAUCGAACCAGCUUCGUCGAAAAAAGAGUUGGACGGGAAGAAUGCUCUUCCUUCUUCGAGUCCAAGGUUACUGAGCGAAAAGAAGCUAGUUGGACGUGAUACUGGGGUUUCCAGUCAGCAGCUUUGGGUUCACGAACUCGACAGCGAUGAUUCGACAAGCCCAAGUCUUGUCGAAUCGUCAAGCAGUGCGUCUUCCAAGGGCUGGUCGGAAGGAGAAAGUGGGACAGACAAGUCAACUAUAUCAGCUGGUUCCUUAUCAGCAUUUUUCGAUAAUCAUGCGCAUCUAUUACCAAUAGCCUUGAAGCAGGUUUCUUCGAGUCGUACACUCAAAGCUAGUGGAAGCAAGAAGACACCGUUCAAGGCCCACAGAGAUCCAGCUGAAAUCCAGAAGGUCACCGCCAGGUCCUCCGAAGAAUCCUCGCUGUUUAGCUUGAAGCUUUUGAAUUUUCAAGAAACGUUGAAAUCUGGAAGAGGCCGCGAGGGAUCUUUGCUGAAUGUAUUUGGAUAUGAAAGCGAUGAGGAAGACCUGGAUGUGAUUUUAGGGCCAUCAACACAAACGAAAAGCCCAAAGAAGAGCAAAACGCUAUCAGCCUGGAAUGACAAAAUCGUUACAGGCCUAGCCAGCAAGAAAAGUAGCAUUGUCUUAUCUUCAUCGACGCUGCUUCCAACCCCAGAAGAGCCAAUCGAAUUGAAAGAAUCGAAGGGAUUGGGGAAAAAACCAUCACUUCCGGCAAAGUCAAGUGAAGACAGCUACAGUAAAGUUGACCAGAUGGACUAUUCCACCACUUCAGGACUAUCAGACGGGAUGUCAAGUGAUGUAGUCUAUGAGCUGAAGUCAUCACGAUCGGAUCCGCUACAGAAAUAUAGACUACGUCGGAAACGCCGUUUCAUCAAGAUCAUGAUUUGGGCGAGCUUAUGCAUCUUGACUGCUGUCAUGGUUACAGCUGCAGUGUUAACUCUUUUCCCACUCGUUGCGGACGAGAGUAAAGUUACUCAGGCUGCAGAUACACAGUCUUUUAUGUUCUCUGAAGCACCAAGUCAACAGCCAAGUCAGAUGUUUGCGCUUCCUUCUUCACCGAAUCUUACAGCUACAUCGAGACCAGUGGCUCCUGAAACACCCACAGCAGCUCCAAUCGAGUCACCUUCUGCAUUCCCAACUAUAUUGCCAACGACCCGACCAUCAAAGCAACCUACCGAAACCCCUACCGAAACCCCUACCGGAAUAAUGGUAACGAGCCGACCAUCAAAACAGCCGACAGAACAGCCUACUACAGCUCCGUCCCCACGUGUUUCUGAAACUCCAUCUACAUCACCAUUGGUUCAGAUCACACUUCCACCAACCGAAAGACCGACACCGCUGCCAACCGUAAGACCGACUGUUUUGCCGACAGAAAAUCCUACGCCUCCUCCAACGAAGCCACCAACCCAACGCCCAACAGGCAAACCUUCUUCGCCUCCAACAAAGCAUCCAACACAGCGGCCAACAGGCAAGCCAUCUUCGCCUCCCACGAAAAGACCAACACAGAAUCCAACGAAGAGGCCAACACAGAAUCCAACUCAGGCUCCGAAAGUUAUAGAGAAUUUGAUCAGCACCUUUUAUGUUGUCGGUGACCUCCCGUACAACGACAAGGAAAGGGACCGUUUGAUUUAUCACGUGAAUAAUCUCCCAUCGGAUGCAGAAUUUCUUUUUCAUGUUGGAGAUAUUCGGGAUGGAGAAGACAGAUCGGACUGCACAAGGGAGGAGUUUGCAGAUGUCGCAAACAUUCUGAAGAAGUCUCGAGUCCCAGUGUUCGUUGUUCCUGGUGACAAUGAAUAUAAUGAUUGCCCCAACCUAGACAAGAGCUGGGGAGAUUGGGUAGCCGAGUUUGGCAACUUUGAACGCCAUUGGGAUGCUCAGCUGAGAGUAACUCGUGAUCCCACUCACCCAGAGAACUUCUUCUUUGUUCACAAACGAGUUCUGUACAUUGGAUUGAACGUGGUUGGGGGUUGGAGACAUGAUUAUGCUGAAUGGGAAAGAAGGCUAGACAUCGAAUGGGAGUGGGCGAGAAGUUUGAUUGAAACCAAUGUUCGAUCUGUACCAUCCGAAGCUUCUAGCGUUGUCAUCAUUGGACAUGCCGACCCCAGACCAUCAGCUCAUGCACCAUUCUUCGAGCCAUUGAAAGGCUACAUCCGAAACGAACUGAAGAACGAGGUUCCAAUAAUCUACAUAAAUGGAGACCAGCAUUACUGGCAGUUCGAUGAGAAUUUCUAUGGGGAACCUAGUUUUCACCGGAUAAUGGUUGAAGGUGGAUCGAAAGAGCCAGCUUUGAAGAUGACAAUGACAAUCCCUGAUGAUCAAUAUCAAGGCGCUCUCGAUAUCAACGAUGUGUAUUCUUAUGAUCGUCGUCUGUAA